AUGUUUUAUUUUUUAAUGUUAGAAAUUGAAGCAGAAGACGAAACUGAAGAAGAAAGAAAAGGAAUUGGAAGAAGAUUUGAAGGAUUUUGUGAGAAAAUGAAGAAGAAUAUUGUAAUUGGAAUUGUAGCAGUAGCGGUUACUGGAUAUGUCGGAUGGAAAAUCUUUGAAUAUUUCAAGAAAAAGGAAGGAAUUGAAAUGGAAUUCAAGGAAGAAGAAAAACUUCUUGAAGAUGAUGACUUGAUGUCUGAGGAUUCUUUUGAUGAAUUUUCAAAGUUCUUUGAUGACUUUGAAAUGGAGGAAGUGGAGUAG